AUGGCUUCGGAAGGCUACUAUGCCGCCACGGAGAGCUUGGUCCUCGACACAGAGGUUGAUCACUUUGGCCCACUGGGUCAUGCACUGUGGUCGAUUAUCGCCAACAUGUACCAUCACUCUGGCGAAUGGAUCCUGAAUUCUCUGUCUGAGCAGGAUCGACAGUGGGAGCACAGCUACCGUCUUGUGAACAUCAACGACUCUACCACAAUCGACGAUCUUCUCCAGACUCAGCAGCUCAAAGUUGCACCGAACAAGAUCCAGGAUGUGGAUGACACGUUUUGCAUUGCCGUUAGAAACUCUGGCAUCCCAGUCCCCAGGUGGAGCAGUGGGACUCGCUAUAUCCUGUUACUUUCAGACAUCCGGGACAAGCCCACGGCUCAAAUCCUUUACCCUCAACCAAAGAACGCAGAACCUGCACGAACCCUUCUGAAGUCGUUCUACGCAGCGUGGCAGGGUCUCCGUUCUCCCAGCAUUGACUCUAGCCGCCGAAUCAGUGAGCUCAGUGUUCUGGCCUCUGACGACAUUCGGCAGUUCGAGUUGUUGAAUAGCCGCACGCUUCGGCAGCAGAACGAGUGCCUCCAUGACGUGGUUGUCGAGCAUGCUCGCCAAACACCUACCGCGUCUGCUGUUCGGGCCUGGGACGGACAUCUGACAUACAGCGAGCUCGAUGAUCACGCUAGUCGGAUUGCUAACAUGCUUCGAUCUAUGGGCAUCAGAGACGGAGACUUUAUCCCGUCGAUUAUGGAAAAGUCCUACUGGAGCAUCGUGGCGAUGCUCGCGACGUUGAAAGCAGGCGCUGUUUUUGUCCCCAUCGAUCCAAAAAGCCCAGCAUCGCGGACCAACAGCAUCCUUCUCCAGAUCGCGGCCAAAUUGUAUUUUACUAAUCUCGGCCCCGAGAUGCGACGCAAGCUCAACCCCUCGGUGGUCUUUGUCGAUGCCUUUGAAGAGAUCGUCGCACAUCAGUGGCCAGCUCACCCAGUGACGUCUCGUCCCUCGGAUCUCGCCACAUGCUUCUUCACCUCCGGGAGUACCGGGACUCCAAAGGGCGUCAUUCAUGAUCACGCAGCUAUCUGUACCGGAGCUAUGGAGCUCUUACCCCCCAUGUACAUGGACAACCAGACCAGCUGUCUGCAUUUUGUGUCGCCCGGCUUCGACGUCAGCGUGUCCGAGAUCUUCGCAACCCUCUACGGCGGCGGAUGUGUGUGCGUCCCCUCCGAGCAAGGCAAACUGAAUAAUCUUAACGGGGAGAUGAGAGCCCUGGAAGUCACUCAUGCAUUUCUCACCCCCUCGGUUGCGGGCCAGCUGAACCCCAGCGAAAUACCAACGCUGAAAUAUGUCAUCCUCGGUGGUGAGGCUUUGGACAGAGAUACCCUGAAAGCUCUUUGCUCCGACGUCCACCUCAUCAACGCCUACGGUUGCACUGAGUCCGGCCUUUGGGACACGGCAUCAGAGAGAUUAGAUCUGCACAGCAGUCCGAGCAACGUUGGAUCGUCUACGGGGCCUCGGACCUGGAUUGUACACCCAGACAACCACGAUCACCUGCUCCAUUUUGGCGCCGUUGGAGAGGUUCUUGUUGAAAGCUUCGCCACCGCCCGUGGCUACAUCGGCGACAGGCGGGCAAAGUCCGGCUUUGUGGCCACGCCCAAAUGGAGACCUCAGCUUCUCCCAGGGCAUGAACAUGGGCGUUUCUACCUCACGGGUGACUUGGGCUCUUUCAACCCCGACGGAAGCAUCGAGCUCCACGGCCGGAAGGAUACGCAAUCGAAAAUCCGGGGCCAAAGGAUUGAGCUUGGGGAGAUUGAACACCACCUUCGCCAGGCUUUCCCUUCGUUCGACGUUGUGGCGGAAAUCGUGACUAUCGGACAGUUGGAAGCUCGCACGGCGAUAGCAGCCUUUGUUGCGCCCACAAAAGCGCCCCAAUAUGCGAACACGAAGAGACAGUCGGUCUAUUUUGACCAGUCAUCCAUCAAGUCUAUCCAAGCCGCUCGUGUGGCCGCCACAUCAGCACUAUCAGCGGCUUUGCCUGCAUACAUGGUGCCCGAGAUCUAUAUCCCCAUCAGCCAAGUUCCUCUUAGCAUGUCGGGCAAGACCGACAGGCGGGCACUCAGACAGCUAGCACAAGCCAUUUCGAAAAGCGACAUGGCUGCCCUGCACGGAGUUGGUGAGAACAAGGACCAGCCGAGCAACGAGCGCGAAAGACUGCUCCAAUCCGUGUGGGCAGCCAUCUUCCGGGUCGAGGCCGGGGUAAUUGGGAUCCACGAUCAUUUCCUGCGAAUCGGGGGCGACUCUAUCUCCGCCAUGAAGGUCGUAGCCGCUGCACGAGACCGCGGACUGCUCAUCACUGUUGCCCAUCUCCUUCAACACCCUACCAUUGCUCUCCUGGCGCGGGUUGCCAGGCUUACCCAAGACGCUCACCCAAGUGCGGCUGUGACGAUGCAGUGA